AUGAUGGAGAUCCCAACGACCAGCAGCAGCAGCAGCAGCAGCAGCAGCAGCAGCAGCAGCAGAGCGCUGGUCCGGAUAUGGGAGCAGCAGCAAGUGCUGCAGCAGCGAGCGCGGCGUCUUACGGCUGCGCCCGUGUGGCAGCAGCUGCGCUGCUGGGCCCCGCAGCAGCAGCAGCAGCAGCAGCAGCUCUUGCUGCUGUCUUCGUGGUGGACUGCAGCACCAACGGCUCUUGGGUUGAUGCUGCUGCUGCUGCCAAAGGAGAAACUGUUCUCUGGCCACUCUGCAGCGUCUUAUCCCUGGCUAGACCGCGUCAGCUGCUUGCUGCUGCUGCUGCUGCUGCGCUGCUGCUGCUGCGCUGCUGCUGCUGCUGCUGCUGCUGCUGCGCUGCUGCUGCUGCUGGGUGCACAACUGAGAGAGGAGGGCCCCCCUAUAGCAGCAUUUCGGUGGCGGCUGGUUCUCCGCAUCUGCGCUGCAUGCACUACUCCCGGGGCCCGCUGCUGCUGCGGCUCAGCCUCACAGCAGCAGCAGCAGCAGCAGCCGCAGCAGCAGCAGCAGCAGCAGCAGCAGCAGCAGCUGGACUUCGGAGGGAGGCGCAACACUUCGCAGGAUCGACGAUCACAGGGAAUUGCUGCUGCUGCUGCAGUUCCGCCAGCUACUGCAGCAGCGUCAGACCAAGGCUUUGCAGCAGCUGCAGCAGCUGCAGCAGCAGCAGCAGCGCCUGCAGCAAACGGUGCUGCUGCUGCGGCAGCAGCAGCAGCAGCAGCACCGUUCCCCCGCUCAACUCCACUUUCGGAUGCGUACUAUUCCGGCUCUGGAAACGCAGUAGCCAGUGCUGCUCCUUUGCUGCUGCAGCAGCAGCAGCAGCAGCAGCAGGAUGUGCUGCUGCAGCCCUUGACCCCGCGAGGGUCGAGCGGCCGCAGCAGCGGCGCAGCAGCAGCAGCAGCAGCAGGCAGCAGACUUGCUGUUGAGCUGCAGCGCGCAGUGAUGGAAAAGAGGCGCCUUGAAGACAUGGUGCAGCAGCUGCUGCUGGAGAAUGAAGAACUCAGGGCACAGAUGGAGCAGCUGGCGGAGAUUAGGGAGCAGUUUGCUGCUGCUCAAACUGCAGCGCGCGGCGAGAUAGGAGGUUUGCAGCAGACACUAAGAGAUGCGACGCAGCGAAUUGCAACUUUGGAGGCAGAGGCAGAGGGAUUGCAGGCAGCAGUUGCUGCUGCAAGGGGGCGCGAGCAGCAGCAAGCAGCACUGCUGCAAAGAUUGCGUGAUUUCUCUGCGCAGCAGACACAGGCGCUGCGUGAGCUGCUGAUGUCCCAGCAGCAGCAGCAACAGCAACUAGAGCAGGCGCUGCAGCAAGAGCACCAAGAGCAGCAGCGGACUUCGCAGGCGCAACAGCAGCAACAGCAGCAGCAACAACAGCAGCAACAGCAGCAGCAACAACAGCAGCAGCAGCAAGAUCAGCAACAGCAGCAGCAGAAUGGUUACUGCAAGGAUAAGUCUCCUUUUGAAAUUGAGCACAACAGCAGCAGCAGCAGCAGGUCUUCCUGCCGCGACGCUGUGUCGCCUUUGCCUCUGUUCUCCACUGCUGCUGCUGCUGCUGCUGCUGCUGCUGCUGCUGCUGGCAGCAACAGCAACGGCAAGAGGCGCCGCACAGAGGAGCCACUAGAGGACGAGCUCGACAGCUAA